AUGUCGCUCCAAGCAGUAUUGAAUCCAUUAUUCAGUCGCACAUUCACAAUGCCUAGUUUUGAGCGACGUUCCUCCCUCGAACCACCAGCUUCACCAGUCUUACACCCCCAUAAAAACUCAGCUCCAGGCACAUCACAAAGACCAGCAUUCCAUCUGAUAACGACGGGCAUCAUUCUUCCCACAAACCUCACAUACAGGCCAUACCAGCCCACUUCCAGCCCACUUCCACACCUCCCACACUCAUCCCACACAGACCUCACCCCACCCCAUGUCGUAUUCCGGACCGACCUACACACCACCCACUCCUUCAACCAACCAAAUCCCUCUGAACCACACGGCUUGUACUUCCAGCCUCUCACCACCCCCGCGGAGCCUCCCUCACACCCCUCCCAUGUCCAAUGCAUCUACUCACCCCCGUACUGUACCAUGUACGACCCUGUGCUACAAUUGAUGACAAGACCGCAGUCCCUGUUCCUGCAGCAGGGUCCUAAAGCAAGCGCGAACGUGCAUGUUUCGCAAUAUGCGGGUGUGCACUGUAUCUAA